AUGAUAUUCAUGUGCUGGCAGUCCCAGUCCAAGGCCGAUGCCGGAGUGAUUGAGCGGAUCGCCAAGGUGUUUGAUGCGCAGCAUGCGAUUGGCACACACGAUUUGAGUGUCUAUAUUGCCGUGGCGGAGGAGCUGACCAAGGCCUACAGCAUUGACUUGAUUUCGUCGUCAGAGGAUGAGCAGGGCGAAAAGAUCUCGGCUGGAGCAAGCUUCAGAAAACCAGGCCUAGCUUCGGCCUUGGGUCCAGCGUCUGACAGUGCAGCGGCCAACCGUAGACCCUUUACAUCAGGCACCAUUACUGGCUCCUGGCAGCAAGCACCCGCCAAGGACAGCUGCUGCGGUGAUGACGACAGCGGUGAUGACAGCGAUGACGAAUGGGGCGUGAAAAGGAGCACCAGGCUGCGGGACAGCAAGCAACACCCUGGCUGCCAAGCCAGACCAGUUCUCGGCGGCCCCUUCGUCACCCACGUCUCAGCACAGGCGGCGGUCAAACCGGACGCCAGCGACGAUAUUGUGGUGCACAAGCGCGAAUUUUCCACUACUGACUACACGCUAAAGUUUGAGUACCCGCUGGGCGAGCGCAAGGCGACGUCGGUGAUGGGCAGCGACAUCUCGCGGCUGUACAGAGGCGAGUUCCUCAACGACACGAUCAUGGAGUUUUACAUGCGCUAUAUCUCCGAGGACAUACGCAGGAACAACCCAGUGCUGCACAGCGAGUGCUUCUUUUUCAACACAUUCUUUUUCAAAAAGCUGUCGUCGCAGCGCAGCCGCGCAGCCGCCGGGUCUGUGGUCAGAGAGAAUAACCCGGUAGCGGCCUUGCAUGGGCAGCUGAAGCGGUGGAUUGGCAGUGUGGACCUGCUGGCAAAGAAGUACAUUUUCGUGCCGAUCAACGAGAACCUGCAUUGGUACUUGGCCAUCAUCACCAACCCGGGUCCUGCUGCUUGGCCACGAUGA